CAGGCGCGACAAAUACAUUGCGUUGACUGUGUUUGUGUGUAACGAUACUCGUUCAAUUAACGGGAGCUGAUUUAUUGAACGUGUUUCAGUAACACUGGCAAGCACAUUGUUUUGUUUUUCGCCAAAAACAAGAAAAAUGGACUUGGAUUCCAUGAAGUAUGCCGAAUUGCGCAGUAUUGCAAAGGAGGUUGGGCUCAAAUCGUCAAAACUGAAGGCUGAUAAGCUUCUGAAGGCGCUCAGGGAGCAUUUCCAACAACAACAAACACAGGAAGAUGUUGCCGUGGACCAGGGAGAUGAGACUGGUGUUGACGCACAGGAUAACACGGUUAACAGCAACUCAACUCAGGAUGAAAACAAUUCAGCACUGGUUGAUGAGCUGUCACCAAAACCUUCAGCUCAGGAGUUUGUGACCAAACGUCGUGGUAGACGGCAACCGAAAAUGAGGAAAGAGCCUGAAGAUGAGGAGGCAGAGUGUGAACCUGCCAAAGCGCCACUCACCCCAGCUGAGGUAGUUAACACGGUGACUGAAUCCAUCAUCGGCAAAGGGAGUGGCAAGAGAAGGAGAGUGUCUGCUGCUAAGGAUUCUGGGGUGGCUGUGCCUGAACACAAAGUUGCAGCAGUGAUGUUUGGAGUGGGACAGAAAGUGGUGAAGCCCGUAGGAAAGAUCCCUCGCCACGAGGGGCUCCUGAAGAGGACUAUGUUAAAGCCUACUACACCAAACUUCAGGAAGCUCCACGAGGCGCAUUUCAAAAAGAUGGAGUCAAUUGAUUCGUACGUGGAAAGGAAGACCAAGAAAAUGGAUUCGUUCAGAAAUUCAGUGAAUGAAUUGAAGGUUCUUUCAGAUAAGACUCUUUUGACACCAACUGAAGGAAAAACUCAAACAAGCUUAACCUCGAGCCGCGCCUCCCUGUUCAGCCCUGCAUCCCAGAAACCAGCUACAGACAGACGCAGUGUCUCUGCCAGAAAACCCGCCCAGAAGGACACUGUUGUCCCAUUCAGACCCACAGUCCUGUCCACACGCCGAAUCAACGUUCGGUUCUCUCAAGCUACUCAGGAUAAUGAGCACAAGAAAACCAUGGUGAAGACGCCAGCACGCAUGGCACCCCGCGUGGACCUCCUCACUCCUGGGAAAGAGACUACAUUUGGAGGGAAACCUGAAGUCAACAAGACCUUUGUUCUCUCCAGCGCUAAGACACCAGCGUUUGUGUUUAAUGCAAACACCAGUGUUCUUUCUAACUGUCCUGAAACCAACAAGAAGGCCAACUUUGAUCUGAAGGCCAGUCUCUCUAAGACGCUCACCUAUAAGCCUCAUAAGGGAAAGCUGAAGCCAUUCAUGGUGGCCAAAGAGAACACAGUGGACCAGUCUCAGACCGUUCCCUCACACCAGAAGAACUACAAACAGCAUCCGGUUCAGGCAAGGGAGGAAAGGAGGACAAAACAUACUGAAGUCAGGAAGCAGAAGAAAGAGAAGAUGCUUGGAGCCAGGCGAGGCCUCGUCAUCACCUGAUUAUUCUAUACUUACUUUUGCUCCUGUGAAGUUUAUUUUCUUGUCAUUUCAGACCUGCUGAUUGAUGCCUGUCUCACUUUACCCUUUUCCUCUACUUUGACUGUCAGUUCCAACCGAGUUUUUUGAUUGUUCGAUUUUUAGAUUCACUUAUAACAACGUUUAAUAAAUGUAUUUUUAUUAACUUUAGUAUGGUACAAAUAAUG